GCUAAGCUCAGUUUGUAGUAACAAAGGAAAGCAAGCCAUGGCUUCUUCAGCCGUCCUGCUACUUAUUCUCAUGGUUGUGGCCCCCACGGUGCAUGGCCACACCCAUACCCCUGGAGGCACUCCAGCGGCACGAUUCUGGGAGGCGGCCCUCCCGGACUCGCCGAUGCCGGAGUCCAUUGUCCACCUCGUGCAGAAAGGCACCGAUCACUCGCCGCUCCAGCAACACCAUUCUGCCGCCAUGAUCCUGCCCAACGCGUGCCUCGGCUACUCCUACAGGAUCAUAUGCAAUAGUCCUGCCCAACAGGCGUCGUCUGUGGAAGGCCUCUUCUUCCGCGAGUCCGACAUGCGUGUGGGGCGCACCAUGAUGGUUGCCCUGCCGGCGUUCGACCCAGCGCCGUUCCUCCCGCGCAAAGCUGCCGAGAGGAUUCCCUUCAGCAACCUCACGGAUGCCCUCGAUAGGUUCGGCAUUGCGCCAGGCUCCCAAGAGGCGGCCCGGGUAGGCGAGACACUGAGCACCUGCCGUGAGGCGCCUCUCGCCGGAGAAAAGAAGGCGUGCGCCACGUCGUUGGAGGGGGUCGUGCUGAGCGCCACGCGUAUGCUGGCGACGAGCCGGCCCUUGGCCGCGGCGGCGUCCGCACUUCCCAACUCCGGCCUGCCGCGCCGCGCGUACACUGUGCAGGCUAUCAAGCCACUAGGAGGAGGAGGCGGCGGCUCCGUGGCAUGCCACAGCAGGGCUUACCCGUACGCUGUGUACGAGUGCCACAUGAUGGAGGGUUCGUCCGAGGAGGCGUACGUCGUCUCCAUCCGCGGCAGCAGCGGCCUCCCUACCGUGGACAUGGCGGCGGUGUGCCACUUCGACACCUCUAAUUGGAUCCCAGCUCACCCAGCCUUCAAGAUCCUGGGCACCCACCCCGGCGGCUCGCCCGUGUGCCACUUUCUUCCCUACGCCGACCUCAUGUUCGGCGUGAAGUUGGCUAACAAUGCAUAGAAUCUUAACAAUAAACUACAAGCAGAGAUGACCUAAAUGUCAUCAGCAAGAAUAAAAUGUAUAUAUUUGAUCAUUAUUUAUCUAUAAGUUGGCUAUACCCCACACAAAGUAUAUUUAUAACGCCUUUAAUUUGUGUAUCUAGGUGCCUCCUACUACUACUACACGUCUAGUAGUAGAGAUGAAUGUUAUCGGCAGCAAUAGAAGUAUUUGUAAUGUAUAUGUUUGCAAGUUCGGAUUUAAAAAAAGAGCAACUACUCAUACGUCCACCAGCGAGAUCAUGUGUUGUGUGCUUCUAAGAUUCAGCUCUGUCCAGUUAAUUUCCUGGGCAUAGCUUGCUUCUUUGUGUGAUCUGCUUGUCAGACGGAUUUAAAAAUACGGAUGUGCCUUCUUGCUUGUUAAUCUACCCUACACCAAACCUACCAUAGACCCCGUCACAUUUCAGUAGGCUAGAUGCUGGUAGGAAUCCAAGCUCGAGAUUCGACAGGCCGGCACAUCUGUAUGGUCUUCAGGACUAUGCGCUUCACCAUUGGAUUGGAUACAACAGGUUGUUAGGAUUACACUAGAGAAAAAACGACGAACAAACAAA